AGAAAGCUGUUCUGAUGUUUCGGUUUCCACAGCGCUUUAGAUGCCAGGAGCCCGGGAUAUUGUACUCGAUUUAAUCUGGCACCCAUGAAGCAAUCGGGAAUGUUCUGAGAGCAAAAGAAAGCUUGGAAGAAAGUAUCCUUGCGGAUCCAGGGAAGAGAGAGCCAACUGCCGCACAUAAAUUAAUCCUUACCAACUGGCCCCUCCCCAAAAGAUGGAGAUGUCUGCCCAGAGGCUGAUGUCUAACAGAACAUCCCUGCAGUCAGCAUCUAACUCUGACUAUACCUGGGAAUACGAGUACUAUGAGAUUGGACCAGUUUCCUUUGAAGGACUGAAGGCUCAUAAAUACUCCAUUGUGAUCGGAUUUUGGGUUGGUCUUGCGGUCUUUGUGAUCUUCAUGUUUUUUGUGCUGACUUUGCUGACCAAGACAGGAGCCCCACACCAAGACAAUGCCGAGUCCUCAGAGAAGAGGUUCAGAAUGAACAGCUUUGUGUCAGACUUCGGGAAGCCACUGGAGACAGACAAGGUGUUUUCUCGUCAGGGCAAUGAGGAAUCCAGGUCUCUCUUUCACUGCUAUAUCAACGAAGUGGAACACUUGGACAGGGUGAAGGUUUGCCACCAAACCACAGCCAUUGACAGUGAUGUCCAACUCCAGGAAGCCAUCAGAAGCUGUGGGAGGCCCGAGGAGGAGCUAAGCAGGUUUAUGAAGUUUGACAUCCCAAACUUUGUGAACACGGACCAGAACUCCUCCUUUGGGGAGGAUGAUCUUCUGAUUUCGGAACCACCUGUUCUUCUAGAAAAUAAGCCACUUUCCCAGACAUCACGUGUAGACCUGGACUGAGAAACACUUGUGGGUGCCUUCCUGGGGAUGUGUUCUGUCUGUGUAUAGCAAGAAACCUCAAGCCACCCAGUGUG